AUGCUCAAGACUUCUUCCCUAGUGGAAUCUGCAUCGCAUUCUCAACCUGCUCUGACCUCUGCACACCCCUUUCAGUGCACUGGAAGAGCACAUUUUGGCUUCUGCUUUGACAGAAUCCCGGCAUACAAACCGUCCAAAGAAGACCAGCAUCACGAACUCGAUGACGUCAGCAAGACAUCCAUAAAGACUCUUCCAUUCCCGGAAGAUGUAAAGGAUAAACUCUUUGAGCUUGUCAAGACAACGACGAGGAAAAAGGAUAUCGACAACAUUGGUGCAUACAUUUCCAAACGUUUAGCUGCCAGAGCAUGCGCAGAACUACCGAGAAUAUUACCCUCAGUUCUCCUCGAUCGAGAAUCUGAAUCGCAACCGUUUGAUGAGCAAAAGUAUUCAUCAAAUCCGAAAUUUAGAGAAUUUGUAAAUCUCUACAAGAAUCGCUUUGGAUCCAAUGAACAAGCGCAAAUUGAGCUUUCAGAAGCUGAAGAUGCCAGGCACAAGAAUGCACAAAUUAGUUUCUCCCCUCAAAUCGCAGUUGCAUAUACGGCUCACACAUAUUUUGGGCAUUAUGCAGUAUUACUUCGUAUAUUCAGCGAGAUUAAAAAAAGAGUUCCGGAUGCAAAAACAGGAAAAUGGCUCUUUUACAACGCUGGACCAGGCUCAGCUAUAGUGUACGUUGUUGGCACAUUACAAUCAGUUUUCAGGGCUGCAAAUACCAUAUGGGAUCUAAACAGUUCUACAGACGUCCUUAUAGUUGAGGGUUCGGAAAAUCUCUCAAAAGUUUGUCAACACCUUACUCCCGAAAUAAAAAAUAUCCGGUACCAAUAUGAAGUUUAUGAAAGUACAGAACUGUUCGAUGUCGUCGUUCUUCCGUACUGCAUGACCAACAUUGGAGGAACGCAGUCCAGAUCACUGCUAGUAAAGAACCUCUGGAACAGGCUUAAUAUAGGAGGAAUGAUGGUAAUAGUUGAACCGGGUACACCGACUGGAUUUAGAAUAAUCCAUUCACUGAGGGAAAUGUUUAUAUCGCAACUCAAAAAAGGCAACUUUCACUUUGUGGCACCGUGUCCACAUGAAGGGAUAUGUCCCAUGGCAUUAACUGGAAGAGAUUGGUGUCACUUUUCACAAAGGAUCUUUAAAAUCCCGCAUUACAUUUACAAAAAGGGUGCAAAAUCUAAAGCUAUAGAGGAUGAAAAGUUUUCAUAUAUUGUGGUGAGGAAAUCUUCUGGACCACGAGAUACCUUUGACGAUGAGAACCACGCAAAAACUACCGCUGAAAAAUCGUAUUUUUGGCCCAGAAUAGUUCUGCCUCCCCUUAAACUCGGAAGGAGAGUCCUCAUAGACGUAUGCAGUGCUCCGCAUAAUUUCAAGAGACUAAUCGUCCCAAAAAACAGUCCAGAAUCCGGUGGAUACAAGCAUGCAAGAGAUGCCAUCUGGGGUGACUUGUGGAGAUUUACGCAACGAGAAGAGAAGCCAAUCGCAAGAGGAUAUACGUCCGAUAAUGUGAAGGAAUACCUACUCAACAAGGAAGAAAGGGAAGUUGGAAGAAAAACGCCCAAAAAGGUGAAUGAAAAACUAGAAAAACAAAUAGAGGAAGAGAUGAUACGCAACUAUUCUUCCUAA